AUGUCAAAGGACAAGUACCAGAAGCAGUGGGAGCUCGUCUCCCAGCGCAUGGAGAAAGUGAACUCCGAGCUCCUCUCCCUCACGUACGGGACGCUGGUCACCCAGCUGCUGAAGGACUUGGAGCAGGUCGAUGCGAUCAAUGCGCAGCUCGAGAAAAUGGGUUAUAAUAUUGGCAUUCGACUGGUCGAUGAGUUCCUGGCGAAAACCAACAUGGGCGCGUGUACGUGCUUUCGGCAAACUGCGGAAGUCGUCGCCAAGCUCGGCCUGCGGAUGUUUCUGGGCACGACGGCGGAGGUCACCAACUGGGACCAGGACGAGACCUCGUGCUCGCUUAUUCUGCACGAGAAUCCCCUUACAGACUUCGUCGAGCUGCCCCCGUCGCUCUCGCAGCUCUGCUACUCGAACCUCAUCUGCGGAGUCAUCAGGGGCGCUCUGGAGCAACUUCAGAUGAGAGUGAACUGCUACUUCGUCCGGGAUAUGCUGAAAGGCGACGACUGCUACGAGAUCCGCUUGGAGCUGACGGAGCUGAUUCGAGAGGAGUUCAUUGAUGAUGAAGAGAACUGA